AUGAAAUUGUAUAAAGCAAAAGACUCCUGGAUUGUCACGACGGAAGAACAUAGUCUAUGGUUUAACAGAAGAAGUCUGUCUGUUUAUACAAAACCAGAACCCAUAUCGAAAGAGAUCCUAUCGGAUUCAUCCGCAUGGGAUGCUUCAUUUGUUAGUGAUAUUCACGGUUAUAUAGGACAAAUUCAAAUUGUUAAAGAUGGCUUUCAUUGGUUGAUAUUUAUCAAAAGUCAGGAGAUGGUAUGUGUUAUACAAAACGGACACGAAAUUUAUCGUGUUACAGAUAUUCUUGUGCAACCGUUUGACGAUAUUGACGAGGAAUCAAUAGGUCGAGCAAAUGUUACAACAAACAAUAAAUAUGAAUCAAAAUGUAUUGAAGAACUUCGUUUAUGGUAUCAAGAAACCCAAUGCUUUUAUUACAGUCGUACCUAUGACUUGACAAAUACCAUACAGCGUGCAUUAGAUCAAGACGAAACAAUUCCAUUGUGGAAACGUGCUGACGAGAGAUUCUUUUGGAAUCGACAAAUGCUCAAUGAAUUUAUCAAACAAGCCGAUAAAGAACAUUUCGACACUCGUUGGAUCCAGCCCAUAAUCAUGGGUUACUUAGACAAAUGUCACUUUCAAGUUAAUCACGAUACCGACGCGCAAUUAAUUCUCAUUUCACGACGAAAUCGAUAUCGCGCAGGUGUUCGUAUGCAUUGUCGAGGGAUUGAUGAAGAUGGAAACGUUGCUAAUUAUGUGGAAACCGAGCAAAUUCUUCGGAUUGACUCAAAUAUCAUGUCAUUUGUUAUGAUUCGUGGAUCGGCACCAUUCUAUUGGUCUCAACCGGGAAUCCGAUAUCGUCCGCCGCCGAAAAUAGACCGAAGUUUUAAUGAAUCUCACGAGGCAUUCAUUAAACACAUUGAUGAUCAGUUAUCUCGAACGAAAGGCAAUCAACUCGUGUUGAUUAGUCUCAUCGAUGAAUGGGGAAAAGAAAAUAUUCUUAAUGACACAUUUUUUGAUCACAUUAUCAAGUACAAUAGUCCACAUGUAUCGUACAUUACAUUUGAUUUUCAUGAAUAUUGCAAAGGUUUACAAUUCGGAAAUAUAUUGGUACUUCUACAGCUUUUGGACGAGAAAAAUAUAUUUCGAGAAAUGCGAUUCUUUUGGUUGGUGAUGUUUUGCUUCCCUGUUAUGAUACUCAAUCGAGUAAAUAUUAAUUAUAGGAUGAAUACGGAGAAAAACACGGUACUCAGUGAUCAAACAAGCGUAUUUCGUGUGAAUUGUGUCGAUUGUCUCGAUCGAACGAACGUUGUUCAAGCUGCAAUUGCAAAAACUAUUUUAGAAAUUAUGCUGAAAAAAGUCGGUUUGUUAGACAUAGACGCAGGUGGUCUGAAUGAUAAUGCUAGAGUUAUUUUUCAAACCAUGUGGGCAGAUAAUGGUGAUGCUAUUAGUAGACAAUAUGCAGGCACAGAUGCAAUGAAGGUAAGAUAA